CCCUCUCCUUCUCCGUCUCCCUCUCCGUCUCCCACUCCCUCUCCUUCUCCGUCUCCCACUCCCUCUCCUUCUCCGUCUCCCACUCCCUCUCCUUCUCCGUCUCCCCCUCCCUCUCCUUCUCCGUCUCCCACUCCCUCUCCUUCUCCGUCUCCCACUCCCUCUCCUUCUCCGUCCCCCUCUCCUUCUCCGUCUCCCACUCCCUCUCCUUCUCCGUCUCCCACUCCCUCUCCUUCUCCGUCUCCUUCUCCGUCUCCCACUCCCUCUCCUUCUCCGUCUCCCCCUCCCUCUCCUUCUCAGUCUCCCCCUCCCUCUCCUUCUCCGUCUCCCCCUCCCUCUCCUUCUCCGUCUCCCACUCCCUCUCCUUCUCCGUCUCCCUCUCCCUCUCCGUCUCCCACUCCCUCUCCUUCUCCGUCUCCCCCUCCCUCUCCCUCUCCGUCUCCCACUCCCUCUCCCACUCCCCCUCCCUCUCCUUCUCCGUCUCCCCCUCCCUCUCCUUCUCCGUCUCCCACUCCCUCUCCUUCUCCUUCUCCGUCUCCCCCUCCCUCUCCUUCUCCGUCUCCCACUGCCUCUCCUUCUCCGUCUCCCACUCCUCCCUCUCCGUCUCCCUCUCCUUCUCCUUCUCCGUCUCCCCCUCCCUCUCCUUCUCCGUCUCCCACUCCCUCUCCUUCUCCGUCUCCCACUCCCCCUCCCUCUCCGUCUCCCUCUCCUUCUCCUUCUCCGUCUCCCCCUCCCUCUCCUUCUCCCUCUCCUUCUCCCUCUCCUUCUCCGUCUCCCCCUCCCUCUCCUUCUCCGUCUCCCACU